AUGGAUGCAAGAGGUCCUCAAGUAAUGUUUGGUGUUGGUGCAUGGGAACAAAUAGUCGACAGGUUUUUGUAUUGUGCAAACUCUUCAAAGGAAACAGGUGGAAGUAAAACGAUUUCAGGUGAAAAUUUACCUGCACACAGUCAUUACAUAGAUUUAAGUACAUCUCAAGCAGGUUGGCAUAAGCAUAGAUAUUGGGAUUGGUCAGGAA